GGGGUGGGGUGGGGUGCUUUAAAGUUAAAACUACUUUAGUCUGUUUUUAAAAGAAAGACAGAAAAGAAGAAAAGAAAAGGAAAUUAGCAAUGAUGCAAGGUUUAGAAAAUAGUCAUGUUUUUUUUUUUUUUUUUUCAAAGUUAUAAAUAUGAUUAUUCAUUCGGGUGAUUUUUCAUAUUUAACAGUGAUUUUUUUAAAGAAAUAUAUGAACCUAUUUUUCCUAUUUGUGUAUUGUUGUUAUUGUAGUUAUGGUUGAAACCAUUCUUCUUCUUCCGUGUCUCUUCACACCGGAAAUGAUUGGUUGGCAUUGGCAACGUUUUAGCUAGAAAUAACGGCGUACACUCUAAAAAGAAAUAGAAGGAAAUAAUUCUGCCAAGCUGAGAACGUCUUAAUCUUUGGAUCCUUCAAAUCCACUCACCACAGAGGAGCGAGGAGCGAGUACAGACUGCAAACAGAAUGACCAGCUCAUCAGCUCCCAGGAUGGUGAAUAGCUACAAGAGAACUUCAAGCCCACGAUCCCCUACUAAUACUGGGGAGCUCUUUACUCCAGCACAUGAGGAAAAUGUGCGCUUUAUACACGAUACCUGGCAGUGUGUGCUCCGAGACAUCCGAUCAACACAAAAUAGUGAACGUAACGACCGCGGACCACAGGAGUAUGUGGAGAAGAACCCUAACCCUAAUUUACAUUCAUUUACACCAGUGGACCUGAGCGAACUUAAAAAACGCAACACACAGGACUCUAAGAAAUCUUAGUCUUUUCCAUGAUGAUCCACUUGCUUUUUUUUUUUUUUCUCCACCCAUUAUCGUGAAGAACUUUGAUUUAUCAGCCCGAUGUCAGCAAGAACGUUUGCCCCAUUGGCCAAUCUAACACAGAAUUCAAAUCUAAUCUCUACUCUGGACUAAAGCAACAUGUUACCCCCUUUUUUUAUCUUCAACAGCAACAAAAAAACAUGAAUAUGGAUUUCAGGGAGAUCCGAUUCUUCACGUUUUUUUUUUUAGUUCACAGUUUUCAUUUAAUGUUGGGGUUGAGGCACAAAAGUCGAGGCUCAAAGGACACAAGACUUAAAACACUCUGCUACCAAAUGUACCCUGAUGACUUUGAAGGAAAAUAUGAAAGGGCUGACUUCUAUUUUUAUUUUUAUUUUUGUGAAAACCAAUUGAUAAAAUAAUAGAAUAAUCAUAAUGGAUAUCCUUUUUGUGGGCAUGUUUUGGAAACCAAAAUAUAAUGUGGAAGGCCAACCUUUUUUAUGAUUAUACAUUUUUCUUGCCCUGGGAUGGACAUUGUUGAGUAUUGUAUGCAGGAAUGUGGCUCUCGGUUUAUCCCUUUCCUCUAAGCCUUGGAAACAAAACGUUGAAUAAAAGACUUUUACAGAA